UUAUCCGGUUAAUUUACAUAUAACACCGCCCAGAGUGGGGAUGAACAUCAUAAUCCAUUUAUUCUGGGCUGUCUCUGAAGUAGAAGACAAAAAACAGCUGGAAAAGUUUGGGAGAGUGUGUGACGAACAGGGCCAAGUGCUUCGAGAGACAAGAACCGAAGCUUGUUGGGCUCUUUGCCCCAAUUUUGGAUUACGGUAUGGACGCUUUGAAGUCGGCUGGAAGGGCAAUAAUUCGGAGCCCCAGUCUCGCUAAACAGUCAUGGGGUGUAGGCAGACAUAAAAAGCUGCCAGAGAACUGGACAGACACGCGGGAGACCCUGCUGGAGGGCAUGGUGUUCCAGCUCAAGUACCUGGGUGUCACGCUGGUGGAGCAGCCCAAAGGAGAAGAGCUCUCCGCAGCCGCCGUCAAGAGGAUCGUGGCCACGGCCAAAGCCAGUGGCAAGAAACUCCAGAAAGUGACAUUAAAAGUGUCCCCUCGAGGAAUCAUCCUCUAUGACUAUGCCUCUAACCAGCUGAUCGAGAACAUAUCCAUUUACAGGAUAUCCUACUGCACAGCAGACAAGAUGCACGACAAAGUGUUUGCCUACAUCGCCCAGAGCCAACAGAAUGAAACCCUGGAGUGUCACGCCUACCUCUGCACCAAGAGGAAAGUGGCCCAGGCAGUGACGUUAACAGUGGCUCAAGCCUUCAGAGUGGCGUUUGAGUUCUGGCAGGCUGCCAAAGAAGACAAGGAGAAGCGUGUGAAGUCUGGGUCGGAUGGGGAAGGAGCCAGUAGUAGCCAGUCGGAGAGCUCGGCCAGCCUGGGCAGUCUGAAGGGAGGAGAAGUGGCCACAGGAAACCUUCUAGACUUGGCAGAGGGGGCGAACAUGGCACUGGUCCACUCGGGGACAAAGGAGAGCGAGCUGGACCCCUUCAUGGUGCGCAACCACUCCACAGAGAACAACAAUACUGUAUGGGAGCUUGAGGAUGGUCUGGAUGAAGCUUUCUCAAGCCGCAGUCUGGAUAGCUUUGAAUCAUACUCAGACUCGCUGAGUCUCGCAAUAACCCCCAGGUCCUGGACAUUGGGGUAAACCCUCAGGACUUCAACACCGAAGAGUGCCUGUCCCCAACUAACUGGGACAAAACGGACGCAGACAACACUGAGAAAGACGAUAUGUUUGGGUUCUAAGGGUGGAGCCACUGCGGACUCGAGGCAUUGAGGAAGGCAGAGAAAGAUAGAGGGAGUGAAAGCAGUAGAGGCAGUGACUGGGAUGUCUGUGAAAUAGUCGUGCCAUGGAGUUUGUACUUGAUUCUCCCUGAAAGUCCACUCAAUGGCGCCAUCUUGAGGGAUGUGACUGUUUGUGCAUCUAGCUGACCAACCAGGUGAGACCUUCCUGAGCAGAGAGCCUCCAGAACUCAUACCAAAGCAGUGUAACCAUUUGUUUCUUUUAAUUAAAUGUUAAACAUGGUGUUAAAUUCAACUGUGCAUUAAUUUUUAAUCUUUCUAUUUGCCCACUGUAUAUGUGUCUAUUGGUAUGUUUGAACUGUGUCUAUACAAUUUAAGUAUGUAUCUACUGUAUACAUUGGCUGAUAGAGCUAUAUUUUAUCAUUUUUUGAGCAUUUGGUGAAGGCGCAGUUAAGCAUUUAGAGGCAGAAAAUGGAAAAAACAGGUUAAACCUAUGGUCAGUGUUUGAUGUGGAGUCAGGGCUAAUGCCAUGUUAAUGUUCCCUAUGUUAAUGUACCCUAUGUUAAUGUACCUGUGGUUGGAGGGGAAUCUUCACAGGUGAUGGAUUGAAAGCCACCAGCCCUGAUGCCAAAUAUAAGAAUAAUGAGUGCAGGUGACUCAUCUGUGCUCUAAUAAUUGGGCAAACAGGCUUGAUCAAAAUUGACUUGCAUAUAUAAUGUGUGAGUUGUGUGUGUAUAUGGAUUAAUCUUUUAUUCUAUUGCUAGAUCUAUUUUUGCACUCUACUCAUCCCUCUCCAAAGCACAUACUUUCAUGUUGGGGAUUGUUAUAACAUCAAACUCUUACAUAUACCACUGUAAUGUUGUCUAUGACCUUGUUUGUGCUAAUAAAGAUUUGAUAGUUUACUCAUCAGUUUGGGUAUGAGGAUUUGA